GGCCAGCUCAGGCCAGCAGCUCCCGCUUCUGCUCAUCCGUCCCCGGGACCGGGACCGACAUGGCCCAGGAGCCUCCCUCCUGCGCCCUGGAGCCCGAGCACGUCCAGCGGCUUCUGCUGUCCUCCCGCGAGGCCAAGAAGUCAGCCUACUGUCCCUACAGCCACUUCCCCGUGGGGGCCGCCCUGCUCACCCGCGAUGGGAGGGUCUUCUCUGGAUGCAACAUAGAAAAUGCUUGCUACCCUCUGAGCGUGUGUGCUGAGCGGACUGCCAUCCAGAAGGCCAUCUCAGAAGGGCACAAGGAUUUCAGGGCCAUAGCUAUCUCCAGUGACCUGCAAGAUGACUUCAUCUCACCAUGUGGAGGCUGCAGGCAAGUCAUGAGAGAGUUUGGCAGUGACUGGGCCGUGUACAUGACCAAGCCGGAUGGUACCUAUGUUGUCAGGACAGUUCAGGAGCUGCUGCCAGCCUCUUUCGGGCCAGAAGACCUGCAGAAGACCCACUGAUGGAUGGCCAGAGAACACCCACUGCCUUGGAGAGCCAGGGUUCUCCCAAGGCCUAGAAGAGAUAGCCCUCAGAACCAUCAUAAAGCCUGGGGUCAUCUGACAAAUGCAAUUCAACCCUCCAAGGGCUGGGAGGUAACUUUUCCAGAUGACACUCAAGCACCAUGGAUUUCACCAAGCCUGACCCAGAGCCCCUCCUCCAAAUCCCUGCACCCUGGGAACCCAGACCACUGCAACCAUCUUUAAAAUACCAAGCCUGGCCUGCUUUCCCACCAGCCUCUCUGAGCUUUUGUCUUGUGCUGAUCGUAAACAUCACAGAGCAUUCUGAUUCAGAAGAACAGGCUUUCCUCAUCUCUAUUGCUGCUGGCAGCUUUUAAGAGGGACAGACAAGGUAGAAAGAGCUUGGCAAGUUCUGCUGGAAGACAAGACACCUCAGAACCAGGUGCCUUCUGGGUGGAGUCUGAGUCUGUGUGCUUCUUGCUCCCAGAUGGGAGACCUGUAGGCUGGGCUGACUGGUGGUUCCCAUCCUUAUAUAAUUGACAUCUGGGAUGGCCCUCCAAGGCUCAUGUGUUAAAAGCUUGGCACCAGCCUGUUGAACUAUUGGGAGGUGGUGGACCUUUAAGAGGUGAGGCCUAGUGGGAGGAAGAGAGCUCCGUGGGGGCAUGUCCUCAGAGGGGAGGGGAGGAACCUAGUCCCUUCCUCUUCCUAUUUCUAACUUCCAAGUCAUGAGAUGAGCAUGUUUUUCCUCUUGCCAGAAGUUGUGCUGCCUCUCCAGCCAGAGGCCUCAAGAGCAGUGGGUCCACCCAACCAUGGCCAAAAUAAACCUUUUCUUCUU